AUGGCUUUAUUCGGACAAGCCCUGUUUGCCCUCAUUUUACUGUUGGCCAUGUCAGCGUUUUAUGUAAAUCACCAAAACGAACAAGCUCGCUCCGAAUACAAAAACAAGUUAUCAUCGUGGAAUGAAAAGGAUCUUGUUCAACUCAUCACGACCCAAAACAAAGCAGCUCAUGGUAUGAUCGUUCAUGACGAAACUCUCCGAUCUCAAAAACUGCUAAAAGUUUUGGAAUAUUUCAUGUUUGGAACUUGCGAAAAUGCUUUGAGAGAGCAACGAAUGAGCAAAGUGAUACUUGCAAUUCAUGGAAAUGGCUGCACAGGAUACAUGUUUUCAUCAUAUGAAGAUAUGGCCUUAAAGAAUAAUAUUUGUAUAAUUGCACCAACGAUUCCAGGAUGGGGUUUGAGUUUGUCUUUACAUGCUGUCACCAUAGAAGAAUUUUCAAAAUUAAUGAAACAAUUGCUUGUGGAUGAGUUGAAAAUAGUGACACAAUUUAAUGUGUUGGGAGCCUCCAUGGGAGCACCCUAUGCAGCUGGUGUGAGUGCAUUUCUUUCAACAUUUGUGAGGAAUGUCAACCUAUUUGCCCCUUUUGGAAAGAAGGCUAUUGAUAAUGAACCCUUUGGAGAAUUGAAUGCAUUUCAAAAAGCUGCUUAUCAAUUGCUUCUAUCUUCCUAUACUCGCGAUUUUCUUGUCGAUUGGAUUUUAAUGCCAAUGGUUUUAAAAGAUCCAGCUCAAACGUUCGAAUCCAUGUAUCCGCAUGAAUAUUCUAGUCUUAAAGGGACGACUCAUGCAAAAUUACUAAUUGAUGAAAUGAAAAGAUCUGUAAACUGGACAAGUGUUGGAAUGAAGGAGUCAUCGGCAGUGUUGUUAAACGAAGAGUGGGGGUUUGAAUUGGAUUCUAUCUGCAAUGUGAGUGGAAAAAUCAUUGUGUCCAUGGCCGAAAAAGAUACAAUGAUUUCGAAGAAUAAUCCUCAUUAUUAUAUGAAGAAGAUUGCCAAUUCUCAAAAGCAGGCAAAAUUAGAGGUAUUGAAAAAUAGAACUCAUUUCAGCUCUGUAUUGGAUCUCGAGAAAGCGCUGCUAGCUUUAGUUGAAUAA